CAAGAAUCUAGUGCUCUGUCGUCUCCCUGAUUGCUCGCCGUCGGACACUGAGUCUGUGACGUUUGGUGUGGCCCAAGCGCAGGGCUCGACGACGGACGACCUGACGUGCCAUUGUGCCCUCUGCAUUCUUUAUUCACGCCGCCCCCGACCGCACGCAAUCCUCGCGCCUCUCCCCCGCGGGCAGUCUUGCAGCGCUCAUGUCGUGCUGAUAGAAUGACCCCGCGCCCUGCCAGCUGCCCCGCUGCCCUCCACCCACCGCCGGGCGUCGCGCGACCACCUCUCGCGAGCCAGCAAUAAAUCUCGCCAGCCCCCGCGCCACCUGCGCGCCGCCAUCGCCGCUGAGCACGGGCACGAGCAGACAGAGCAGACCGAGCAGGAGCAGCACGCACCGCCGCCUGCACGUUGGCCGCGCGGUCUCUCUGGCCGGCGACCGACUGGAGGCGAGAGGGUGCCUGAGCCCAUGAUGCCAGGCCCGUACGUGCCGCCCACCGGGCCCUACCAGGGACGGAGGCAGGAGCACCAGUACCAGUACCACAUGCCGCCGCAGACGCACUCGCCCGUCCACCACAACCCGUACGCGCAGUACCACCACGCCCAGCACUAUGGCCAUCCGCACGCCUACCCCCAGCACAUGCCGCACAUGCAGCCGCAAUGGUACCCCUACCACCAGCCGCAGCAGCAGUACCCCAUGCCGCCGCGCCAGUUCCAGCCCCAGCCCCACGCCUCGCCCGUCGUCGUCUCGUCGCACCCGCACCUGGCCGACCUGCCGCUGGUGAACCGCGCCAUGGGCCACACGCCGCCCAUUGUCCACUCGCGCACCCCGCCCGCCCCGCGCGUGCACACUCCCCAGCCGGUGCCCUCGACGUCCUCGGUGCACUCGCAGACGCAGGUGUCUGCCUCGACCCCGCUGACAAACACGACCACGACGCCCCCGCCCAUCGCCGAGUCGAAGCCUGCACAGUCCACCCCGCCUCCGGCUGCACAGCCUGCGACGUUCAAGCCCUUCUACCCGCCCUUGCCGUGGCUGUCGGUGCCUGACGCAGAGUUUCCUCCCCGUGCCGCCACCCGGAGGAGACGACGACGCGAUGCUGUGCCCGCGCAGGAGGAGGGACUAGCGUUGCCCUCGCGCGAGCAGGCUGUCCCGGAAGAGUCCUCGGCUGACGCUGAGCAAACCACAGACGGGGUGCAGACACCGACUGAGGAGCCAGAGGAGUCGCAGGCAUCCACCGUUGCAGUGCCCUCGGACGCGGAGAUUGACACCCCCUCGACGUCACACCCGCCGUCUGAGGCUGACCUCACCCACUCCACCACCCCGACUGCCGUGACCCCAUCUGCUCAGACUUCACCCGCCGUGCCAAGACACACACGCAACACGACCAAGCCUGUUGUCCCGCUCAUCCCCAUCAAGCCCACCAAGCCCUCGACUGCAGCCUCGGCCACUCAGAAAUCAGUCAAGUCUCCCCCUCCUACAGCAAAUUCGCAGGAUGCGCCAAAGGCAGAAGACACUCCAGCAGUCGCGCCAGAGGACACAGCCAGUGCUGACGAGGCGACCACGACGGCCCCGCCGGCCAAGCCUGCACCACCAAAGUCAUGGGCAGAACUCUUGAGGGCAAAGAACGCUCCUGCGUCAGCUCAGCCACCGCCGCCCGCCACUGUAUCAAAUGGGGUUCCUGUUGCUGAAAACGGGCCCACCGUGCCAAAGAGCAAUUCUCUCGCUGACGUUCUGGCGUCCUUCUCGGUUGAUUCAGAGAAGAAGGUCUCGUUCCUUGAACCUCGCGGCCUCGUCAACACAGGCAAUCUUUGCUACAUGAAUUCUAUUCUGCAAGUCCUUCUUUUCUGCGUUCCUUUCUAUGACUUUCUGGACCAGGUUGCCAGGCGCGCUGUGCACAGCUUCAAGUCCGAGACGCCUCUCGUAGAUGCAAUGAUCAUGUUCAUGCGCGAUUUCAAAAUGAUCGAUUCCGCAGCCUCGAUCGACCAGCUUCGUCUGCGUUUGAAGGACAACGAGCUCGAGCGGUAUGGCGAUCCCCUGACGCCAGAGUACGUGUACGACGUGAUCAAACGCCUCCCACGAUUCGACAACAUGAAGCGAGGCCAGCAAGAGGAUGCCGAAGAGUUCCUGGGCUUUCUGCUCGCCGGCCUGCAUGACGAGUGCGCCAACCUGAUCAAGAAGGACAAGUCAAAUCAUACUCAAGAAAGCCUGACCUCACCGACAACCGACCAACCGGACUCCACAGAGGGUGGCUGGCACGAAGUUGGAUCGAAGCAGAAGGUGUCCGUCACUCAAUCUUCCGGAACCAUCGAGAUCGAGACGCCCAUCACCAAGAUCUUUGGCGGCAAGCUCCGAUCUGAGUACAAGAAGCCAGGAGAGAAACCUUCAGUCACACUCGAGCCAUACCAACCACUACAACUGGACAUUGGCGAACCCAACAUCAACAACAUCACAGACGCCUUGAAAAACUUGACACGCUUGGAGACACUAGACGGCGCAGCCCGUGGUGCCCGUGCCUCCACCAAGCAAGUCCACAUCGAGAGCCUUCCUCCCGUCUUGAUCCUCCACCUCAAACGAUUCCACUACGACGAGAAGGGCCCCCAGAAGAUCUGGAAGAAGGUCGGAUACCCCCUCGAAUUAGAAAUUCCGAAGGAAAUGUUCCCCCAGCACAAGCGAGGGUACUACCAGGCAAACGGAGGCUUCCCGCGAUACAGGCUGAUCGGCGUCGUUUACCACCACGGCAAAAACGCAAGCGGUGGGCACUACACAGUCGACAUCCGCCGCCAAGAAGGCAAAGAGUGGAUCCGCAUGGACGACACCAUCCUGCGUCGGAUCCGCGCCGAGGACGUUGCCGAGGGCGGCGCCGAAGAGGAUCCCAAGGUCCUGGCUGCCGCGCUCGAACAGCACAAGUCCGACGCAGGGAAGAGCAAGAACUUCUUUGCCCAGAUCGACAUGGAAGACGAGGAGGCCGACAAGGGCGGCUGGAACCAAGUCAACGGCGCGGAAAAACAGAAGGAAAACACGAAAAAGUGGGCUGGCGUCCUCAACGGAUCGGCGACGCCUAACUCGGCUGGCAAGCGCACGCCGCUCCAGAAGGAAAACGUCCGCGACAACAAGGUCGCGUAUAUUCUUUUCUACCAGCACAUGGAGUCAUGAGGUGCGGGUGUUGAGGGGCAGCUCAGAAAGACUUGUGGAAGUGGGGGGGAUGGUUUCGCGAACCUCGGACGGUAAUCAUACGACGUGGGGAAGAAAAAAAGUUUUUGAAGCAUUUGCGUCGGGAACAAAAGUGAUGGAUGGAUUGGAAUGGGAUGGAAUGGGAUGGGACGGAUCGGGUCGGGACGGGACUAAUGG